AUGUGGGAAAUCAAAAUUAAGAAGGAGAACAGUUUGCCUGAUCCAGUUGGUUAUAAAAAAGCAUUUGAUGAUUGCUAAGGACAAGAGUUGAGGGAUGAUUUAGAGAAGAAAGCUAUGGGUAUUGCUAAAGGAGGAUUUGGAAACAUAUUUAUGAUAAUGUUCACUUUGUAUAUGACAGGAAAUAUGAUGAAUAUAUUUACGAUUGUGAUCAUUGGGUAAUUUUUAUGGUAAGCUAUUUCCACAAUUGCAAAAAUGGAUCAAGCAUUUUCAUUAUUAGAGAAUAGAGGAAUAUCACUGUUUUUCUACAAAUUGAUUUAUUUAUCAGCUGGAUUAUUGCAAUUGGGAGUUGUGCUUUAUAAACUAUACAACAUCGGCUUACUUCCAUUGAAUAGUGCUGAUUGGAUUGAUUUGGUUCCCUUGCAUCAUUAAGAAGAGAUUGUUGUACCUUAUAGCUAUAAUUGA